ACCCCUAGGAUGCGCUCUGAUCUGGAUAUGUUGAGUUCGAAGCUUGCUGGAUCCCUUCCUCUUCUUCUUCUCUGUGUUGUGUGUGUUGCCGGCAGCGGGAGCAGUAGCUUCAGUGAUUACAACCUAUUGCGAAAGAGUCAUGAAAAGAAUGUCGUCACCAAACGGCCUAAAUUUCCCAUAGUGCCUUCUGACUCACUUCCUGUCAACCUAAACGAGAAACCCGACAAAAAACACGAUCCGAGGGCUGAAAACCUAAAGCCGGAGAUUUUACGUAAACUACUCGGACGGUUUUUUAUCGACGAAUUCAUGUCUGUGGAACGACCGAAGGAAAGUAUCACAAAGCCUAACGGGACCCUCGCCUUGCGCUUUCAGAGGGGUUACCCUGUGGGGAGACGGCCCCCAUUUCUAGCUCGAUUCGGGCGCAUUAACCUCAAGGAUGAAACUGGGAGACGUUUCCGACAGUUGGAUUUGAAAGUUAAGACAGAAGCGAAGAGAAAAGUGGCUAAGUUUAUCCGGACGUACACAUAUUGUCCUGUCAUAUAUACGUGGAAGGACCUGGGUAUACGCUUCUGGCCCCGCUGGAUCAAAGAAGGCCAGUGUCACCAACGAGGACGGUCGUGUUCCUUACCACCAGGCAUGCGCUGUAAACCUAGCUAUUCACAAACUAUAAUUUUACUUCGUUUCCAUUGCUGGCCCGAUGCUAAAAUUUGUAACUGGAUUCAUGCUCAGUAUCCUAUAAUUAGUGCCUGUAAAUGUAAAUGUUAAUUAGCUAAUUAA